UUCAGUUAGCCAUCUUGAAGCAGCAAACUCAGCAUUGCGAUGGUUCUAUCAAAUAAGAAGUCGAAACAAAAACUAAGAGCAGCUAAAGCUGAACUGUUAGCUUCUUGUGAAGUUAAAGAGGAAGAAGGGAGUAUGAAUGAGAAAACUCAACAAAAACAGAAGAAGAGGAAGAGAGAUGAAACUGAUGGGGAGCUGAGGAAACCUAUGGAGAAGAAGAAGAAGAAGAAGAAGAAGAAGAGAAAAGGGAAGAAAAAAGAAGAAGAUGGGCAAGUUGUACAAGUAGCAUCAGCAGCCCAGACUACUAAAACUGAGGAAAGAGAAGAAAGCGUUGACAUUUCUAAUAAAGUUUAUGUCGGAGGUAUUCCUUAUUAUUCCACUAAGGAUGAUAUUAGGAGCUACUUUGAAGGUUGUGGCACCAUUAUGGAGGUUGAUUGUAUGAAUUUCCCUGACAGCGGAAAGUUUAGAGGAAUUGCCAUUAUCACUUUUAAGACUGAAGCAGCCGCUAAGAGAGCCAUGGCACUGGAUGGUUCUGAUAUGGGUGGACUAUUCCUGAAAAUCCAGUCAUACAAGUCCGCUAAAGCUAACAAAGUGUCCAACUUCUCACCAAACAUGGUCGAAGGGUAUAAUAGGGUAUACGUGGGUAACUUAUCAUGGAAUGUAACAGAGGAUGACUUGAAGAAAGUUUUUUCAGAUUGCAGCAUAAGUUCUAUCCGAUUCGGUGAAGAUAAAGAAACAGGAGAAUUUCGAGGUUAUGCCCAUGUGGAUUUUUCUGAUUGUGUCUCUGUAAACAUGGCAUUGAAGUUGGAUCAAAAGAUUGUAUGUGGUAGACCUGUUAGAAUAAGUUGUGCUGUUGCGAAGGAAGGAGCUGUUAAGAAAGGAGGUGCAACAGAUUCAAGACCUAUGCAGAAAGAUCAAAAUGUGGAUAGUGUUGCAACAAGCACUGUUAGUGCAAAGAUUAGGAGGCGAACAUGUUAUGAAUGUGGAGAGCGUGGCCACCUUUCAUCGUCUUGUCCAAAGAAGCAUGAAAUUGAUCAGAAAGAACAAGUUGCUAGUUGAUUAUAGUAGGAGACUUUGCAUGUUCACAAAUCUGAUCUGAGCUGUGCUCAACAGAAAUUAUGGUGGAGUUGUUAUCCUCUUGGACCACAUUUCUAGAAGUCCAUUAUUUGCUCAUUUUCUAGUGCUUCCAGUAUUCUUUCAAUUUUGAACAUUUUGUUUGGUAGAUUUGUAAACAUAUGUAGCAGUUGUUACAACCACUACAUAAAUUGUUGCAAGUAACUACGUCAACUAUUGGAACUUUUAUAAAUUCAUAAUCUUUUAUACAA